AUGGAUCAGUGCUGGUACCAUGGAACUAUCACCCGCUCCAGAGCUGAGGACCUGCUGUCUAAAGUGGGCAAGGACGGGAGCUUCCUUGUGCGGGCCAGUGAGUCCAUCUCCUCAGCAUACGCCCUCUGUUUGCUGCAUCGGAACUGUGUGUAUACCUACAGGAUUCUACCCAGUAAAGAAAAUAAGCUGGUUAUCCAGGCAUCUGAGGGUGUUCCAGUGCAGUAUUUCAACAACUUGGAUGAACUGAUAGAGUUUUACAAAAAAGAGAAUAUGGGCCUGGUCCGGAGCCUCAAGUACCCAGUCCAACGGGAAGAGGACGAGGCAACAGAUGACCCAGAUGAUUAUGUGGACUUUGUUUCUGCACGACCUACAUUACCUCCGCGUAGUAUUUCAGUAGCACCUCUGACGAAUGAAGCAAAAGAAGAUCCUUCUCCAAAUGGAAAAGUAGAAGUGAGCAAACCAUCCCUUUCUGAGACUUUGCUCCAAAGAUUACAGCACCAGGACACGAGCAGUAUUCCAGAAGAACAUCUCAAACUCAUUCAGGAUUAUUUGCGAAUGCAUAUCACCAGUGAUCUUGAGACAGUACAGCUAGGCUCAGGGAAUCUCCCUCAGCUGAAGAAACUACUUGCAGUGCUAUGCAAAGGACUCUUCAGUGAGGUGUCUCGAACUCUUCCUUCUCUGGAGUCCAUACAGAGGGUAUUUGACCAGCAGCUGCCCCCUGGUAUCCUUCGACAUUCUCAGCCGUGUUCUGAAGCCAACCGCUCAAAACUUGGCCAGCUGACCUGUUUGCUCUCUUCCAUUGAAGAUACGGUGAAGACAUUAUUAAUUGAAGGGCCUGAGGCAACCCAUCGACGUUCACUUAUCCCUCCUGUAACCUUUGAGGUAAAAGCAGACUGUCUUGGGAUUUCUUCUAAGAUACAUCUUAAAGUUGAUGUUGAGAUGGGAAAACUCAUUAUCAAGAAAGCUAAGGAUGGGCCUGAAGACAAGUUCUACAACCACAAGAAAAUUCUACAGCUCAUCAAGUCUCAGAAGUUCCCUAACAAGCUGGUGAUUGUCCUGGAGACAGAAAAAGAGAAAACACAGAGAAAAGAAUAUGUAUUUGCUGACUCCAAGAAGAGAGAAGGCUUCUGCCAGCUUCUGCAGCAAAUGAAGAAUAAGCAUUCUGAACAACCAGAGCCUGACAUGAUCACCGUCUUCAUUGGGACCUGGAACAUGGGUGACGCUCCUCCUCCAAAGAAGAUCACCUCCUGGUUUCUCUCCAAGGGGCAGGGGAAGACCCGAGAUGACACAGCUGACUAUAUUCCACAUGAUAUCUAUGUAAUCGGAACACAGGAAGAUUCCCUGGGAGACAGAGAAUGGCAAGAAAUCCUAAGACAAUCCUUGCAGGAGAUUACCAGCAUCAGCUUUAAAGUGAUAGCAAUCCAUACCCUCUGGAACAUCAGGAUUGUUGUCCUGGCCAAGCCAGAACAUGAGCAUCGCAUAAGCCACCUCUGCAUAGACAAUGUGAAGACAGGAAUUGCAAACAGAUUGGGCAAUAAAGGAGCUGUGGGGGUGUCAUUCAUGUUUAAUGGAACCUCAUUUGGUUUUGUGAACAGCCAUCUGACUUCAGGAAGUGAAAAGAAACACAGGCGAAACCAGAACUACACAAGUAUUCUGCGCUUUCUGCAAGUGGGUGAUAAGAAGCUGAGUCCAUUUAACAUCACUCAUCGCUUUACUCAUCUCUUCUGGAUGGGAGACCUCAACUACCGCUUAGAGUUGCCUCCAGUGGAAGCCGAGAAUAUCAUCCAGAAGAUCAAACAACAGCAGUACCCCGAGUUGCUGAGUUGUGACCAACUCCUCAUGGAGAGGAGGGAUCAAAAGGUGUUUCUGCAGUUUGAGGAAGAAGAAAUAACUUUUGCUCCAACCUAUCGCUUUGAAAGGAACACCCGGGAGAAUUAUGUCUACACCAAGCAGAAAGCAACAGGAAUGAAAUACAAUUUGCCAUCCUGGUGUGACCGAGUGCUCUGGAAAUCAUAUCCCCUGGUGCAUGUGGUGUGUCAGUCUUAUGGAUGCACCAGUGACAUCAUGACAAGUGACCACAGUCCUGUCUUUGCCACUUUUGAAGUUGCAGUCACUUCUCAAUUUGUCUCAAAGAAUGAAGCCAAGUACACAGAUUCCCUUGGACAGAUUGAAUUCAUGCGCUGCAGUGCCACUCUUAAGACAAAGUCGCAAACAAAAUUCUUCAUUGAGUUCUACUCCAGCUGCCUAGAAAGCUUCGUGAAGAGCCAGGAGGGAGAAAAUGAGGAAGGAAAUGAAGGGGAACUGGUGGUAAAGUUUGUAGGCCUUCCUAAGCUGACUCCAAUUAUUUCAGACCCAGAGUAUCUACUGGACCAACACAUUCUGAUCAGCAUUAAGUCAUCAGAUAGCGAUGAAUCGUACGGAGAAGGUUGCAUUGCCCUUCAGAGUGGAGCUACAGAAUCUCCAGUCCCUAUCCAAACUAUGCUAACACACCAUGGGGAGAAGACUGGUAUCUUCCAAGGAGAAUUCAAGCUACAGACUUCCCAAGGCAAACAGAGAGAGAAACUCUACGAUUUUGUGAAGAUUGAGCGAGAUGAGUCUGCUGGACAGAAACUAGUGAGAGGCACGUGCAGUAUAGACUAUGGCAAAGAGUGGGACCCCACAAAUAGGGGCUCUUCUUCGAACAGGAGAUCUAGUCAGCUGGUAGCCAAAGAAGCAGCUGCUCUUGCUCGCUGUCGAGGAACUGUAACAGCAUCUUUGGAUGACGGCAAAGAAGACCUCUCGCGGUAACCUCAUGCCACAGAUAUCAGCAAUUCAAACUCUUUAUGGAUGGCUGCUGCCUCUCAGCAAUUCUCUGCAACAGGUCAGCUUAAACAGAUCCCAUCACCUGACCAGUCACCUGGCCUCUGGAAUUAUGACCCACAAACCAAAGAUACCACUUCUCUGAUGGAACUGGAGUCUCCCACCAUGCCUUCCAACCUAUCACCCCAGUCGCUGAGACCACCUGCUCAGGCCGUAACUCAUCGAAAUCCAGGACCCAGGCAUCAGGACCAAGUAUAUGCUGAGGUAAGGAAAAGCAUGUUAGAACCCUUGCUACCAGAAGAAAUGUACCCCAAACCAGAGAUGAUUGACAACCCACUGUAUGAUUAUGCAAAAUCCAAGGACAAACUGGUGUCUAAGAGAGAGCAGGAAUUGAUCAAGGCUCCACGAAAAGAACUCCCAUCUGCCCCUGAUCAGAGCUUUACCAAACCACAGGAGGUGGACAGCAGCAAAGCCUCUAACAAGCAACAAUCCUCCCCUUCUUUCCUAGUCCCCACACCCCGGUUUCGUUCUUACACUUGUUCUGCCCAGUCAGAGGAAAAGACUGCCUUGAAUGAAAAGACUCAGAGCAAGCAGAAGCCCUAUGCCAAUGUAGAUGCUCUGGUGUCAAUGAAGAAACCUGUCAAACUCUCACGGUCUGAAGUCGGGCACAGCAAACCACCUCUUCCAUCCAAGAGCCAAAUGGUGCUUGACAUGCAGAAUCCCAAGGGCCGAGAUUAUCGUGAGAGUUCAGAAUUGCCACACCUCAGAAAACACCAAAAUGAAGAUGGGACUGGCAGUGGAAUGGUGGUGCCGCCAAUACGAACAUCAAAGAUGAGAUCCGUUGAAGAGUCCUGAAAGGAAUCAGACAUUUCCCAGAGUC